AUGAAUAAUAUUAAUGAAUUAACAACUUACAGAAGCAGAAGUCAUUAUUCUCCUUCCCAACUAUCAUCAAAUUCUGGUCCUCUGAACCAACAAUACGAUGAGUUUGUAAACAAGAUAUAUGGAAAAACAAAGUAAAUUAAAAUACAUCAUCUCAUUCCCAAAUAAACCAAUAAAGUGUUUGAAUUAUCAACUCCUUAGUUUGAAGAUGCAAUCUAUAAAAAAAUGGAUGAUUACAUAAAAAACGAAAAGCUCAGCCAAAGAGAAACAAGGAUACAAGAAAGAAUCAUUGAAAAGGAGAUCAUUUAAUAAUAUAAGGAAAAAUAACACCUAUUCAAGUCCUAGAUACCCGAUUAAAAUUACAUCAGAAUACUAAAGUCUUGCCAAAAUUACAUACCCAAAUUUAAGUUUACCAGAUUCAACAGUCCUAAUAAUGAAGAAAAUAAUCAAAAAUUGUUAACCAGGGCUAGUGAAUUACUUCAAUAAAGAAAAUAGAGAUAUGAUAUCUAUAAAAAACAACUAGAGUAUGAAAGGAAGAAGGGUAAAAAAAUCUACUCUACGGGCAUUGACUCCUUUAAAAUUAAGAAACAUCGACUAAAUUAUUCAAAAAUGCAAAGAGUAAAAUGA